AUGGAUAAUAAGUUGGAUGUGAUGCAAUGGGGAGGAUCCGAAGACCAGAGUGGCCCGGCGGCUCAUCAGGCCAGGUCGUAUAGCUGUAGUUUUUGCAAGCGUGGCUUUUCAAAUGCACAAGCUCUUGGGGGUCACAUGAAUAUUCAUAGAAGAGACAGAGCAAUCAUCCGACAAAGAUCCUCCGAAGAAAACCAGGUAAAUGAAUCCUCGGAAUCUUCGAACCCAGUUCAUCGUAAUAAUGAUGUUCACGGUUUAUCCUCGGAAGCUCAGAAAAGUAUUGUCACGACUACUGAUGAUCAUCAAAAUCAAAACCUACCUUCUAAUUCGAUUCAAUUGGAGUUGUCACUGUUGCUCGAACAGCAAAGCAAGCCUCGUGUUAAUUCUCUGCCGAUGAUGAUGAUGGGAUCAGAUGAUCAUGGUCGUCUAGAAGGGAAUAACCGUGAUAGGGCGCCGCAAGUUCCAUUUUUUGUUGGGGAAUCAUCGGUGGCCGCCGCGGAGGAGCGGAAGACGGAGGAGUUGGACCUUGAGCUCCGGUUAGGGCCUGAGCGUCAUCAUGAUACGACGACGUUGAGUACCAGGGAAUUCUUUUGAGAUGGACUGAUCAUCGAUCAUGUGAUGGAGUUUGAUCCAUGUGUUGGUUAUAUAUAUAUAUGGGAUUUUUGGAGAUGAAAAGAGAGGUUAAAUUUUCUUACUUGCCUCCUCUAUUCAAUCAUCUUUUUCUCUUGUUUAUUUUGAUAUAAGUGUAUUAGUUUGGUGCUUUUUAUUUUCAUUAUAUAUAUAUAUAUAUUUAUAGUGUGUAA